UGUUGGGGUUUAUGGAUGGUGUUUUCACUUCAAAAAUCGUUACUGUGUGAGUGUGCGAGUAUGUAGGUUCCAUUGAAUUCGCUCGCUGCUCCCCAAGAGCUCCUCACACAAAAAAGUGAAUGAUCUAAGCCAAGAGACUGUGUGGUUCUGCUGCGAAGAAAAAUAAAUAUUGCACCUCGCACAUUCAUUAAUUAAUGCAGCAAAUUGUUGUUCUGGAAUCGAAAUUCGGUUCAAAAUGUGCUUCUAAAGGGACGGAUUUGUCUGGUGUUGUGAAAUUCAGUGAAGUUGGCCCGAAGAAUCCUCCGGGGAUAGUUAGUUUUCGCUAGUUCGUUUCGUUAGGUCGCUCGAGAAAAAGUGUGUCGAUAUGGCAGACAAAAGCCAAUCCGAUAAGAGUCCAGAGAAAGAAUCGCCUGCCAGUCCGACAGGAAGUGCUUCCGGAGGUGGAAGCAGCUGGUGGGGCUCUUGGCUGGAUACGGCCAAGACCCGGUCCGCUUCCGUGUUGGAAGCUGUUCGGAAUGAUUUGACUGAAUUGACCACAGCAGUCAAAACGGAAGCUACCAGUGCCACCGAAGCUCUAGGGCGUACUCUAAGCCUGGGAGGCGAUUCGGUAGAAUCCGGAACCAACUCCGGUGCAGGCAGUGGUCUCGGAGCGAUGAAAAAAUCUUUCAGUACAUUCCUCACUCAGGUUACGGAAGCCCUGGUGCCGGCAUUGGAUGACGAAGAGGAAGGCGAAGAUGUUCUGAUCACGAGUGAAGCUACCGAGUCGCUCACCGGAUUCCACCGGCAUCUGGCCGAAUUGCAAGCCAUGGAGGGAACUUACCUGGAGGAGCCCUCCGAUGAGCUGAGUGAAAAGUACAAACGCUGGAUGGAAGUGGUUGAGCAGGAACAGUUUACCGAACCGCGACUGGCGAGACAUUUGGCCAGCAGCACCAUUUUGAAUGAAAACUAUACCAAACUGGUUCCGGCAAAGGUGGCGCAUAUGGAUUUCUGGAAAAGAUAUCUCUUCAAGAAAGCACUCCUAGAGGAUGCCAUAGCCAACGCUGAAAUAGCUGACCGCAAGGCUAAAGCAGCCGUUGCCUCGACUGAGACCGUAGCCCCGAAGAAGGUGAUCGUCCAAACCGACCAACCGAAGCGGACCAUCGAAGAAGAACUGAUUCCAGAAAUGAUUCAGGAGCUGAUUCCUGAAGAGAUUGCCUGGGCCGAGAUACCGGAAUUUGACGCCUCAAACAUGGAACUUUCAGAGGAAGAGCAAGCUCGUUUGCUCGAGGAAUACGAACUAGAGUGCAAGGAACGUGAGAAGGCCAUCGCAUGCGGUCGUAUGGAUCCCGUUGACGAAGCCUUGCUCAUCCAAUCGGAUGUCGAAAAAACUCCACAAAAGAAACCGCCAAGCCCGGUCACAUCCCCAGCAAAGAAACCUGCAGCAAAAAAGUCCACCAACCUGCAGCAACAAUCACAAAGUGCUAACAAUAGAAAUCAGAACCAAAAAUCACAGCAAAAGGGCGCAAAAAAUGCUAGCAAACCAGGUAACAAACAGAAGGUCACUGCAAAACAGCAACAAAAUGAGCUACAGAUCGAGAAGAAUCAUUUCACCAAGGACGACGUUUCGUCCUCUAAUUCGGACGAAAGUUGGGAGAAAGAAUUCGAUCUAGAGUGAACAGAAAGUCCCUCAAAUUCUAGCGAUUAGUGAUGAUUCCUCUCACACCCUGAUACGACAUUUUUUUAAACAUCAACUGUGUACUAAAGUUGUGCAUUCUGUUCAAAGUCUUUUUAGAGAGUAGCCACUAAAAGUAGUCUGUGUAGGAAAUAAGCAGUUCAUAGCAACACGCAUUUUCUCUUGACGAAGCAGCAACGACUUAUCAAGUAAAAGAUUAAAACGACGAAAGCGAGGAUUGAUUUUGAAAACAUCGAUGUGGAAUAUUGUAUCGUGUUUACCCAUUGAGACAAAAAAACAGCAGCAGCGAGUUCUGUAAUAUGUGGCUGCAAACAGUUGUAUCUCUACAAAUAACUUUUGUAAAUUUGGAAAGCCCAACCACAGCACGAUUGUCUUAAAUCCAAUUUAAGCUGUUAAUUAUUCCUAGGCAAACGUGUAAUAAUGAAUAUUAUCGUCCUUAUUUUUAUGUUUAUAAAUUAUAUUCAUAUAUUUACUUUAACGACUCUGAAAAAAAGUAAAAAUUAAAGAACAAAAAAUCUACCAUAAGUAUGCAAAAACUUCAGAUCGAUAAACAGUUUUGGAAAAACAUUCGUCUGGCGUUGUUUUGAAACUUGGUGUAACAAAAACGCAGCAAAUAGCGUGUGUGGUUAUUUGUUUUUGGAAACCAUUUAGCAUAAACUUUGUUCGCUGUCACUAUAUUAUAGGUAAGCAUAAAAUAAAUAUAAUUAUGAGAAAUAUUUUACUACUAAUCAAA